AUGUAUGGCAUCCCACUAAAACCUAGGCCAUUCCAUUGCCCCGACCUGUAUACCUCCCGAUUGCUCGUCAGGUUACGGCCGAGCAUCAUCCCCGGUAGGAAAGUGUCAGUCGGGAAAUCGAAACUCUGCCAGUGGCGGACAACAUUGUUAUCUGCAUCUCGGAUGAUGAGGUUACCUGAGUCGAGCAGAUGGGCGACGGGUGCCCUGUCAGCGGUGGUUGAUGUGCGGUUGGUUGACCAGAUGACGUCACCGGUCGCGUUGACGAGGACCAGAUUUCCCGACUCAGUGAGUCUCAGGAGCACGGUACUGUGCGGCGUAUCUGGGAAUGGAGCUGCCCGGUUGGCGACCCACAGGACGGUUGGUGGAGAUAUCGUGUACCAUAUGCCCAGGUAA